CGCCACCACGGUCAGGUGUCAGUCAGCAACCUCGCGAACGGAGGCUGACUACUCUUCACAGCAGCAAAACAAUCACAUACCGGACGAGGACAGCGGCCUAAAGCGUCAACACGGCUGAACGAUGAAUCGAACGGACGGGCUUGUGAGACGUGUAAAAGCACGCGACACCGAAUCGAACGGUGGAUCAUCUUCAUCCGCUGCUAAUCAUGCCGACCAGGAGGACAACAAAGUGGACAAGGAGGACGAGAUGGAAGACUGCGAUUCAAAGGAAACGCGGCUUACUUUGAUGGAAGAGGUGCUGUUGCUUGGUCUAAAGGAUAAGGAGGGCUACACAUCAUUUUGGAACGAUUGCAUAUCGAGCGGACUGCGAGGGUGCAUUCUGAUCGAAUUGGGACUUCGUGGACGCAUCGAACUAGAAAGGGCCGGCAUGCGAAGGAAGGGCCUGUGCACGCGGAAAAUCACCCUCAAAUCCGAUACACCUACCGGUGAUGUACUGCUCGACGAGGCCUUGAAACAUAUUAAAGAAACGUACCCACCGGAAACUAUUCAGAGUUGGAUCGAAUAUUUGAGUGGGGAAACAUGGAAUCCGCUCAAGAUACGCUAUCAAUUGAAAAAUGUCCGAGAACGACUAGCCAAGAAUUUGGUCGAAAAGGGUGUGCUGACGACGGAGAAGCAAAAUUUUCUCCUCUUCGAUAUGACGACACAUCCCCUAACUGAUAACGUUAUCAAGUGCCGGUUGGUAAAGAAGAUACAGGAUGCGGUGCUCACAAAAUGGGUCAAUGAUCCGCAGCGAAUUGGCAAACGUAUGCUGGCACUGAUACUGUUGGCGCACGCAAGCGACGUGCUGGAGAAUGCCUUUGCGCCUCUGAACGAUGACGAUUAUGAGCUGGCGAUGCGACGGGUACGAGAGCUGCUGGAUCUUGACUUUGAGGCGGAGUCCGCCAAAUCGAACGCCAACGAAGUGAUUUGGGCCGUCUUUGCGGCCUUUACCAAGUAAGAUAAGCUGAACCAUCUUCCUAGUUCUGCCUAGACGCA